AGGGCGGAGCGGCCGCAGAGCCGAGCGGUAUGUGGGCGCUCGGACGCCGCGCCGCCGUGGGUCUGCUGCCACGGACGGCGUCCGGGGCCUCGGCCUCGGUCGGGAUCCCGCGCGGGAGGGAGCCGAUCGGAGCGUGCGGCCACCGAGGCCUGCGGGUCACAACCAACGCGGCCCCCGCCGGCCGCCACUCGAGUCUGAGCCUCCGCUACCUCGAUCAGAUUCUGAACAUCAAGAAGCAGAGUGUCUGUGUGGUACAUCUGAGGAACUCGGGAACUUUGGACAACUCAAGCUCUCUAGACGAGACAGCUUAUGAAAGACUUGCGGAGGAGACGCUGGACGCCCUGGCAGAGUUCUUUGAAGACUUGGCAGACAAACCCUAUACCCUGGAGGACUACGAUGUCUCCUUUGGGGGCGGCGUGCUAACCGUUAAGCUGGGCGGGGAUCUAGGGACCUACGUGAUCAAUAAGCAGACCCCAAACAAGCAGAUCUGGUUAUCGUCUCCCUCCAGUGGCCCCAAGCGCUAUGACUGGACGGGGAAGAACUGGGUGUACUCCCACGACGGCAUGUCCCUGCAUGAGCUGCUGGCCAGGGAGCUAACGGAAGCCUUCAACACCAAACUGGACUUGUCUUCCUUGGCCUAUUCUGGAAAAGGCACCUGAGCACCUGCCAGAUUCAAAGACAUUAAACGGACCCCAGCCUUCUUCUGUGGCUGAGUGUCUGUUUUCCAUGCCUGCUUCCCAGGACAGUCACACUAUGUGUGACAGCUCUGUGAAAAAAAGCGUGUUACCUCCCACCCUGUCCCCAGAUCUGGCUCUUCAUUUCUCCAGAGGUUUGUUAGGAUGGACGCGUUUCUCCCCAUGUGACCCCAGAGCUCUUAGAAUGUCUUACACCACACGUGCGCAAUGAGAGCCUCGGGAGAAGGGCUCCGAGGGUGAGACAAGUUGUUCCCACUCCCCAGUUCUUUGAAGGAUUUAUUGUAAAAGCUUCAUGAAGAGCCAUAGGCCGACCUGCCAUUGUGUCUGAAAUGACAUUGUAAGGAGUAGCUUCUAAAUGUCACUCCAAGUGUAUACACUUCAGACCCUUUUAGCAGCUCCGUGUCAAAAGGGACCCUCUUAAAACACCCGUUUGUGCUUGGUGGCCUGUACUGGGCACCAGGACCUGUGCUCUGUGGCCUAUACUGGGCACCAGGACCUGUGCUCUGUGGCCUAUACUGGGCACCCAGGAUCUGUACUUUGUGGCCUAUACUGGGCACCCAGGAUCUGUACUCUGUGGCCUAUACUGGGCACCCAGGACCUGUGCUCUGUGACCUAUCUUGGGUACCCAGGACCUGGGUACUUUUGUCUUUAUGCUUUCAUAGACGUGGGUCAUUACAGAGUCAGCAGCUACAACGUGGACCUGAGAUGUCCUUAAACAUUGAAAACUGGGCUGGAGGGAUCACUUAGUCCACAAGCACUUACCACACAAACACGAAGACUCAGGUUUGAUCCUGGGAACCCACAUUAAAAAACCAGGCAUGGUUGUGUGAGUUUGUACUCCCGGCACUGGAGAAGCAGAGCUGAGAGGACCCCUGGGGCUUGCCAGCCAGCCUGCCUAGCUUCAUCAGUGAACCCAGGGGCUCUGGGAGGGACACUAUUCCAAAGCAAGGUGCAUGGCUUCGGUUGACCUCUGCCCUCUACACAUGUGCACAUGUACCACACAAAUAUACGCAUACACACAGAUUCACACAUGCCAAAUAGUGCAUGGAUAACUACAGGCAAGGAGAGAAAAGACUACCAUAACCCAAAGGACUAAACAAUGUCGAGGAGCUGAGGAUGCAUCCAUGAGAGAGAUGCCUGGCUGACACAGAGAGCCCUGGCCCUCCACUUCCCGUCUAUACAAUGGACGGGUAGAACUGAUACCUGACAUUCAGGGCCCACCAGGCAUCCCACGAGGCUGUUUUGCUCCCACUAGGUUGGAGGGGGGAUGGGCGGUGAGCAGGUAUUUUUUUUUAAGGCCUGCAGAAAUGGUAUUGUUUUUGCUACUGCUCUGGUAGACUUUCAGACAAACUCGAGCUAACAGCUGCCCCUUGUUCCCUGUGUGCUGAGUCCAGCACACCAUUGCACCGUUUCAAGUUUUACAGGUCGCACUCUACAUUCCAGAACAGCCCAACUGAGCACGGUAAACUCAGGUUCUGGCAUCUUCUGACGGAAGGAAAGUUAGCCUAGCAUGCGAAAGGCCCUGAGUUCCAUCCCCACACGACAAAGGGCUGGGAGAUUUGUUAGUGGCAAGUCCAUGCAAAUGUACAGCAGAGGCUAUGUGGGGUGAACUGAACACAUUACAUCAUAGAAAAACAAUGGAGCAGUGUAAACAAAGGCUGAGUGGGUUUUUAAGAUAUUUCCUUCUUCACAAUUUUUUUUUCUUUUGGUCUGGUGGAAAUUUUUGAGUGGGGUUAAGCCAGUGCUAGUGAGAUAAUAAAUAGGACCAUGUGUGGACA